AUGGCGCCCAAGAAGGCAACGGCAGUUCGCUUCGUCGACUCUCAUCCUUUCCCCUCCAGCAAGCGAGAACAGGAACUUAUCCGGGCCGCAGCACGGUCUCAUGCUGCAACUGUGUCACACCCAAAAUACAGAAAGCAGGCUGCUGAGCAACCGGACGAAGAAUCCAGUGCUGCAACUCUCCCUAGUUCUUCAGAGCAAUCCUCAAGUGAAGAAGCGAACCCCCUUCCGCCGACACGCACCCUCGAUGAUCGAUCUGCUGAGGAAUCCCCCGCAGGAAGUGCUAAACUCCCGCAGAAAAUCAACCAGCAAAACAAACCCUUCCACAAGUAUCGCCUUGUUACGCAGAGUUUUAACGGCGGCAAAUCUACCAGAGACGCCAAUGUCGGUCGUAAGAGAAGGGAGAUUCAAGGCAAGCCAGAUGGAGAUCACCCGCAAGUGGUUGCACAGGGUUCCAUUCCCAUCUUCAAAGGAAACACUGAUCCAUUCAACGCAACAGUCAUACCAGUCAGUGCACUUGAGCACCUGUUACUUCAACAAGCUCGAGCACAAUCCAUGUUGAACACCUGGCCGUCGGAGAUAGCCUUGCGUCACAACCAUAGUGCACUGACGGCCGAAUCCUUGAAGAGACUACCAACUUUCAUCACAGACAAAGCUUCCAGCCAUGCACUCAUCUCCCACGCCUAUUACAGCAGUGGCAGCAGGCAGAGGAAUCGAGGCCAGCCGUAUGAGCAGACAUUUGCAUCCGCAGAAAAACACAAAUUCCAGGCCCUCAGAGCGCUGCAAGAGCUUCUUGAAUCGCAGCAACAGACUGGAGAUCCAACAAGAUUGUGGAAAAUAUUUUCGUCUUGCUGUUGGCUUGGAGCAGCCGAGAUGCUCAGUGGCAACAUUCACGCCGCAAUUGUUCAUCUGACCGCGUCAAAGAAAAUCGUCGAUUCCUUGGGCGGUUGGUCGGUUGUCGGGCGCAUGGAGAAGGAAAUCCUGCUUGGUGCCGUGGUUCUCCUUGCGGCAGCCCUACGCUCUCGCCCUGUGAUGGAUAUUGGCGAUUUUGACCCCGGGCCGUGGCGUUCACACAGCUGGAUCACCGAAUUGAAAGAUUCGCCUGCUUUGCUCGAAGAGGUCAAGAUUGCUUUCCCUGAGAGAGUUCCCUCGCCAUCUUCCUGCCCGACCACUAUUUCCCCGACCCUAAGAGAAAUAUUCGCCGACAUCAGGGAACUAUUGGCAAUCGAAGAGCUGAAGUUCAAAUAUGCGACUUCGAAAUCCUCAGGCACGACAGAGAUGUUCCGUUGGUCUCAUGCUCGUAAAAUCGCAGUUCGAGCUCGCUCUCUCCAUUACUGGUGCGACUUGAUCGAAGCGGCGAAGAAAGAUGGUAAGCCCAUGACCACAAUCUACGCAGCUGGCGGUCCGCCGUCGCCCGUCGCAUUUACUUUCGAGGCGGCAUUAUGCCUUGCCACGCGCUGUUUUGAUCGAUGUAUCUUCGAAGAGCACUAUCAGCCCGGUGGCGUUUUCCGUGAGAGCAAACGUUACCACGCGGAAAUGACUGCUGUCAUGGAAGCCCUGCGACCGGCCGCCGAAGACUUUUCUCUCGUGCGCGGCGAGAAUACAGGCGAUGUGCUGUGGAUCUAUUCCGUCGGUGCGUACCUCGAAGAUGUUUUUAUGCGCCCGGAACUGGCCAGAAAGGAGGAUCCGGUGCUGGCCCAGGGACGAUUUUUCAGCACUCGGUUCAGCUAUUUGGUCGCGGCGAACCUAGAGUUCGGCAGCUUUGAAGAUGUGACAACGUUCCUGAGGGAGAAUUAUCUUUAUUUCCCUCGGCUGCAGGACGACAGUUUGAGGAAACUGAUCGAAUUCUGA